AUGCCGCGCAAAUGGGAAACGUCUUCCGAACAUGCACUCGCCAGAUGCAUGUAGGUUUUUAAUCAAUGAUCCAAACAAGGCCUGAACUUCUUUAGCUAUCAGCGCAAUUUGCACAAUUCGAAGAAGAGCCAUAUUGCCGAAAUAAGCGCCCUCUUUUCUCCGCUGAGCGUUUGCAAAGAACUUCGUCAGAAUCUCAGGUGAGCAUCUAGUGUUGUGUUUUUAUCCUUUGAAAACGAUUUUCUAGAAAGAUUCGAGAGAUCUUCGCUAGAAAGUGGCCUAAUCCGUACGGCGCUGCAAACGGAUGCCAACUCCGUCGAACUGUGAACUUUGGCCAGGAGAGAAAAUCCAUCUGGGCAACCGCAGAUAUUUCGAAGAACUACGAGCUGUUCCUAAUGACGACGGUGAAAAGCGGCAAAUCUGGGAAGGUGAAGAAGGAGCCUUGUUCGAGAGAGUCGUCCAAAGAAAGCAAUGAAUCACAGGAGCCGGAAGAACCAGAACUAGAAGCUCAGCCAUCCGAUAGGAACGUCCCAGCGCCAACGGAGUUCCACUGGGAAUCUCCUGUUUUUCCGCAGCCAGUCGCUCCGAUUCCCGCUCCGAUUCCCGCUCCGAUCCCCGUGCCGUACCCAACGGUCCUUGCCGAUUAUCUGAACCAUGCCUUGUAUCCUCAGCCGUUCAUGGACCCACUGCACAUGUUCCCUGUUCCUCCGAUGUUCUUCCCCAUGAACCCUCUGUCUGCCCCUGCUCUCCAGAACUUUCCCAAUACACAUCCAGCACCGCUCUUCAGAUACGAUCCGGGUAAGUACUUAUGUUCUAUCCUUAUUCCUACGACUUUAUCUUCAGAAAUGGACGGCUUCUAUCAUGACUAUCAUCAGAGAUACACUUGGACAACUGGCCACCACAACCACCACUAG